GAAAAUACAAAUCGUUCUGACUACCUUGAGCUUGUGCUACAUCUACACUGGGUAACCUGGAAAGAUUUCUUCUGCUAGAAGUUAGAUACAUGUUUUUACGCUUUCCUAGCGCCAGGACGAUAAAAUUUUUUAUUUUAUCUGUAUAUAGAUCGUCUAUUCACUCGUUGGUAGCGUUUGCUCUAAAACAACAUAACGUUAACUAGCUAGCCACCUGUUGGUGCGGUGAGCAUCUUUGUUUACGUUUAGCAAGCGUAGCUAUGCUAGCUAGUUUGCUCUUCUCUGCUGUAGUUUUAGAAGUUUAAAACGUACCGAUAUGUUUAUUAGGGUUUCUGUAGUUUUCUAAUGUGUCACACAAGUUGGAAAUGUUGUUGAAACCUAACCUCAGUCAAGACGAGUUGUUGAUUAGCUGGAGGUCGUCAUGUGCUCAUCAAUAAUCCAAUGUUUGAAAACGAGGAAAGUUUAACCCAAGAUGUGGUCAGUCUGAGGAAUCUGCUUCGACUGACGGAGCACAACCUGCAAAGUGUGGGACAGACACUAAGCCCCUUGUACAAUCAGUCAGAGGGUCAUGACGAUGAGUAUGUGCAUCAGAGUCCUGAUGACUUGAUUUUACAAGACCUGCAGACACCUGAUGUUCCUCUGUUCCAGUCAAGUUGUGUUUGUCAGGAGAGGCCUUUCAGUGGGACGGCUGAGAGACGUGCUGUUGCUGGCAGUCCCUCCUCCAAGUCAAGGUCAUCUUCAGUCAAAACCAAGUCAGAGGACAUGGAGGCCGUUUCUUUGAGGAAAAAGUUGGGCUGUGUGCGUCAGGAGAACGCCUGCCUGACCAUGCAGGAUGAGCAGCUCAUCAGUGACCUUGAUGCUUUGCAGUAUGAGCUGGCCAACUCCAAGUCUCAGCUCCAUCUCAGAGGACCCAGGGUCGGGCUUAAAAACAAUGUGGCAGUCAUGAAUGAGCAGAUCCUUCAUCUUGAAGCAGAGCUGGAGGCUCAGGCCAAAGAACUAAAGGAAGCAGAGCUGAGGGCUGAGUGUAACCAGGAAGCAGCGGCUCAUAAUGACAUAGUGGUGGCGACUCUCACUGAAGAGCUGAGUGCACUCAGAGAAGAACUGGAUAACAAGACAGUGCUAGGAAAACGGGCUGAGCAACAAAGGAACCAAGCACUUGAAAAUGCAGAGAAACUCAAAGAAGCUUUCAAAGACUAUAAGGCCACGAUUUCCAUUAAACUUAAGAGGGUGAUGGAAAGUGAGAGCAAACUAAAAGAGAGUCUUAUUGAGUGUGACAGAGAAAAAGAAGAGCUGGAGCUGAGGUGCUCUGUGUUGCAGAGAGAAAAGACAGAACAGAGCCAAACAAUCAGCCAGCUGAAGGAAGAGGUGAGGCAGGGUAAGUGUUCAGCUGCUGAGCGCUCAGACCUCCAGGCUCAGCUGGAGGAAGCCAGACGACGGGCCUCGCUUUUGGAAGGGCAGCUUGUGGAGCGUGGAGUGGAGUGCAGGGAGCUGGCGUCUUUGCGCAGGGAGCUGGAAGACCUGCGUACUCUGACUCAGAGCCAGGAGCAGAGGGUGGCCCAGAGCCACAGAGAGGCUCAGCAGAGCCAGGCAGAGCUGUCCAGCCUGGAGGCCAUACUGGCACUGCUGCAUCUACGAGAGGGUGCUGCGGGGCAACUUUGUGCCAGGCCCUGCAUGUUGCCCCCUGUGGACUAUUCGGGAACCGCACACCUACUGAGGCUAAAGCCAGGUGAAGGUUACCAGCAGCUUCUGCUGGUGCUGCAGUCGGUGGAGGCCGAGCGGACUAAACAGAGCAGCGUGGUGGAGCGGCUUCAGGAGCGUCUAAGCCGAGCCCAGGAGGAGAUCUCCUCCCUGCAGAGCUCCAUGGCCCAGAGAGCCUCCCACUACCAAAGCCUCCACACCGAGCUUCUGGACAAAGUCAGCCAAGUCACUGAUACAGAGAAAGAGUUGAAGAGAAAAAGUGCACGUGUGGCUGCGCUGGAGAAACAGUUACAAGAGAAAACUUCAGCCUACAGUCAAGCUGCACUGAAAAACACUGAACUGGAGAAUCAGCUACAGGAGAAGACCAGCUCUCUUCAACAUUACCAGACACUGAUGACCAAAAAGCAAAGAGAAUAUCAACAGUCUUUGGACAAGUGUAAAAAAUCACAAUCUCAACAAUGCGUGGAGCAACAGCACAGAAUAGAAAUGUUGCAGUUGUCUGUAGAAGAGUUUCAGUCUCAGGUAUUAGAGAUCGGCCAGGAGCUGUGUUUACUCCAGAGGGAGCGAGAUGAGGCUCAAAAAACAGCUCUCAUGCUGCAGACCACUGUGGAACAGCUUACACAAGAGAAGCAGGCUGAAGCCAGACACAGUGAGGAGUUGCUGCAGAGUUUCAAAGAGCAGGCAGCUCAGUCUGCCACUAAGGUGUGUGAACUACAGUCAUCUCUGUCAGCGUGUAGAGUAGAACUGGACUCAUACUUGAAGCAGAUGGAGGAGGUGAAGUCAAACUAUGAGAGUGAGCUGCAAAAGAACAACGACAAGGUGUCCUCCCUGCAGGAGAAACUCCACAGCACCAGCCUGGUUUGUCAGAGCUCCAGUGAGCAGAACCUUCAGCUGCAGCUUUCUCUCCAGCAGCAGCAGACCAUGCUGACUGAGAGCACUGCCCACAUCUCUGAACUGGAGGAGAACCAGAGCCAGCUGCAGAGACAGGUGUCUAGUCUGGAGCAGCAGCUGGAACGAGCUCGGGCCUCUCUGCAGGAUGAGGUGAGGAACAGAGAGCAGGAAGCCCAGAAGAGAGACAAGGCUCUGCAGGAGAUGAACCAGCAGAACACUCAACUGUCUGAGUCUGUCACCCAUUUGUCAUCAGAGAUGACAAAGUGUAAAGGGGAGCUGGAGUCUAAGGAGUCGGAGCUGCAGCGUCUGAGGAGGGAAGUCUCUGUCAAGACUUUGCAGAUUGCCCACAUGGAGGAGAGCCUGCAAGAGACAAGGAACCAGCUCGACAGCAAGAGUGACAUGGUCGCAGAUCUGGAGGAGAAGCUUCAUCGCUGCGAGGCAGACCGGCUCAACUGUGUUCAGCAGGUCCAGAUCCUGGAGAGACAGCUGCAGGGGGUGCAGGGAGAGUUGGCUGAUACCCUAGAGCAGCUACAGAAGCUUAAGGACAUUCUGCAGAGAACACAAACCAUCGCAAAUGAGCGGCAGGCAUCUGUGGAAAAACUUAAUGUCCAACUUAGUGAGACCCAGAGGGAGUUGGAGGAGAGAACUAAUGAGGUCUUAGAUAUGGACAAUGCACUGAAGGAGAGACAGGGGGAGCUCCAACAGAGAGCACAGCUGCUGGGCCAGCUGGACGUGGUGAUCAGAGAGCACAAGCAGGAGAUGGAGAGGAAGGUGGAGUCUCUGCAGCUGAGCCUUGAAGCCAGAGAGAGAGAGCUGAGAGACACACAGAGGGAGCUCUCAGACAGAAACAUGAAGGGGUCACAGGAGCUCGGCCAGCAGCUGCACAUGUGUCAGCAGGAAGUUCAGACUGUGCUGCAAGAGCUUGAAGAAACUCAGCAUCACUGUGAGGCUUUGACCAGAGAGCUGGACGCCACCAAGCUGCAGAACAAGGAGAAGGAGGUCCGGCUGUGUGCUGUGGAGGAGGAGCUUGCACUGAAGGAGGCACGCUGGCUGCAGACGGAGGCCAGGCUGCAGGGCAUGGUCACCUCUUUAGAGCAGGAGCUGGAGCUGGAGAGGGAGCAGCACAGCAGGGAGCUGGAGUCCCUGCAGCAGACUCGAGGUCAGCUGCUCAAAGUCUCUGAGCAGAUCUCCUCCACCAUGCGUUCCUCUCAAGAGCAACUCACCACUAAGCUUCAGCAGUGCCAGACCGAGCUCGAGCAAACCAAAGCCCUCUUAGACCAGACUAAGAUGGCGUUGGAUCGCACCCAGAAUCAAGCCAGUCACCUCCAGACACAGUUAGAUCAGAGCCAGAGCCAGCUCCUUCAGAGUAAAUCCCAGCUGGAGCAGAGCAGGAUUCUGUACGAGCAGACCAGAACCCAGAACAGUGACCUCCGUGCCCAGCUGGAGCAGCUUAUUGCCGAGUUAAAUCAAGCCAGAGGUCAGGCUGCCCAGCUUCGGACUGAGCUGCAGGCCUGUGAGAAGACCAUGGAGUCCUCCAAUGAGUCCAUUCUCAUCAAGGAGUCUGAGGUGACCCGUCUCCAGGCCAGGAUCUCCAGUCUGGAGCGGGCUGCUGUCUGCCAGAAUCUCUACAAUCACACACUCUCUCUCCCAGCUCUGCACAAACUCACACACUCCCCAGAGCGCUCCUCCUCUGCUCACUCCCCUCCUUCCCCCCAAAAGUUUCAAACAACCAUCUGCUCUCCGACACACACUCACUCAACUCGUCUCCACUCCCCAAUACACACAAACACACACAAAUCACUCCCAGCUCACACAUACUAUCAGCCCACCUCAGCCCCUCUCCUGUCUGACAGCCACCACACUCGUGACUGGCUGCAGACCAGCAGCAUCAGCUCUUCCUUGGACCUCCCUCUGAGCCUGAAGGCAACACUGAGGGAGGCUUUGAGCAAGCAGCCGUGGGAGACCUCCUCCCUCUCCUCCUCUGUGUCCCCUUUCCCAGAUGAAGUGGACCACAGCUGGCAGGGCCUCAGUGCCAUGGAGGCCACAGUGGCCUCUGACCACUCCUUCAACCCCCUCACGUACAUGGUGGACAAACCAGAAGACGGACACCCCAACAUGGAGGCUACCUCAAUACAGGAGGGAGACGGUGAGCAGCUCAGUGAGUCGAGGAGGGAAUCAGUGUCUACUCUGGUGGGUGAGGAGGAGGAGGCAGACAUGAGUUCGCUGACAGGGAUGCUGAGGUUUGUUAAUCAGACAUUAGCCAUGCAGGAGGACCCUAAUUUAUGGAGCUCCACAGGGAUGUCACCGACCUGACACAGCCUCACACCUCAGAGGGACGUCAAGGAAACAUGAAACUGGGUUGCUGUGGAGAUGUCAGAGAGGAGAAGAGCUGUUUACAUUAUUAUCAUCCUUGUGUGUCUUUGUACAUGCAAUAUAUUCCUAUAUCCACCUCCUCUUGGUGUGUGGUAUUAAAAUCAAGCUGUGUUAUUAUUAGUGAGGGGAAAGAUAAAUGAUCUGUAGAUGACCACAACUGUUCCGGUCUAUAAAUGAUGAAACUGUGGUGUCGUUCCAUAUAAAUGUAGCAUUUGUAUUUCAUGAAGUUUCCAAACCAAUAUGUAUAUAUUUUUACACAGUUUUAAAUAAGCUAAGUGAAUAAAAUGUUUUUAAUGUAA